CUCUAGCUGCAGGGGGUGGGGGGGAGGAGGUAUGAUUUAAGGGGCCGCAUAGGUGGAAGGGGACCUCCAGGGCUGCCUGCGCUGUUCCUGCUACCAUCAUGGAACUUGUCCUGCUGUGCGGGCUGCUGGUGAUGGCUGGUGUGACUCCAACCCAAGGAAGUAUCUUGAACGUAAACAAGAUGAUCAAGCAAGUGACUGGCAAGAUUCCUUUCAACUACUGGGCCUAUGGCUGUCACUGCGGAUUUGGUGGCAGAGGGGAGCCCAAAGAUGCCACGGAUCGGUGCUGCCUGGAACACGAUUGCUGUUAUUCCCUCCUGAAGACUCAGCGAUGCAAGCCCCAGACAAAUCACUACAAAUACAACUUUUCCCUGGGAGACAUCCAGUGCUCUGACAAGGGCAGCUGGUGCGAGAAGCAGCUGUGUGCCUGUGACAAGGCGAUGGCCUUCUGCCUGAAGAGCAGCCUGAACACCUACCAGAAGAAGCUGCGAUUCUACCUGAGGCCCAAAUGCAAGGGCACGACUCCUCCAUGCACAGGAGCUGCCAACUUGACUUUGACUUUGCCUGGCCUCCCUCCCUGAAGAGAAGCUGCGCUGGGCUGCACACAAGUAUGUAGUGUAGGUUUCCCUGUCUUCUAGGAGCUCCCUUGCCCUCAUCCCCACCCCCACCUGCCAGAUGCCACCUGUGACAGGAGACCAGGAGAGACAGCAUGAUGGAGGAUAUAAGUGCCCAGCUCCCUUGCCUGGAUGCAGGACUCUCUGGGUGGUACAGCAUCCCAGAGUCAUUCCUGGACCAAGAUAUUAGGGUGCCUCUGAGACUUCUGGAACCACCUCUUUGCUCAUCCCAUCCCCUGGCCUGGCCUGUUCUCCUGGUUCCUAUACAGGUUUCCCCAGAGAGCACUCUUCAAUAAAGCACUUGCACAAGAA